AUGCCGGGAGCGGAUAAAAGAAAAGCUGGAGGUGGUGACGAGAUUUUGGCUUUGGUUCCAGCAUCAAAACGCACAAAAAAUGAAGUUGUUUUUAGCAGCCGGGAAAAAGCCGUCAUUCAAAGUGGACCACCAAGAACAUCCUCAUUAUCUUCUCCAAUUAUGUUGCUGGAAGGACAUCAAGGUGACAUAUUUUCUUUGGAGUUCCAUCCAGAAGGACAGUAUUUAAUUUCUACAGGUUUUGAUCGUCAAAUUUACAUAUGGAAUGUUUAUGGAGAGUGCGAAAAUAUCGGUGCAAUGUCCGGCCACAGUGGAGCAGUAAUGGAAAUUCACUUCAGUCCAGAUGGUAACUUUGUUUACACAGCAAGUACUGAUAUGACUCUCGGUCUCUGGGACUUUAUCGCCGGUACUAGGAUCAAGAAAUUAAAAGGACACAGUGGGUUUGUAAAUUCAGUGGGUGGAGCGCGUCGAGGACCUACACAAUUGUGCUCUGGUAGUGAUGAUUGCACUGUAAAAAUAUGGGACCCGCGUAAGCGGGGCCAGUGUAAGACCCUCGAGAAUUCUUACCCGGUAACUGCAGUGACAUUUAAUGACACAGCUGAGCAAGUGAUAAGCGGUGGAAUUGACAACGACAUUAAAAUUUGGGAUCUGAGAAAAGACGCAGUGCUUUACAAAUUAAAAGGACACACUGACUCAAUAACCGGACUGAGACUAAGUCCCGACGGGUCUUAUAUCUUGUCAAAUUCUAUGGACAACUCACUUCGUAUUUGGGACGUCAGACCGUUCGCACCUUUUGAGAGGUGUGUUAAAAUUUUUACAGGACACCAGCAUAAUUUUGAGAAGAAUUUAUUGCGUUGUGCCUGGUCUCCAGAUGGCAGCAAAGUCUCUGCUGGGUCUAGUGACAGGUUCCACUACAUCUGGGACACCACCAGCCGGAGGAUUCUUUAUAAGUUACCGGGACACAAUGGGAGUGUUAACACUGUUGAUUUUCAUCCCAAAGAACCAAUUGGUAAUUUUUAUCAUUAAUUUUUUUUAAAGUAGCAAUAAGAUUAA